AUGUACCCAACCGAUUUGAAAAAUGGACAGCUUAAACUGAAUUCGUUUGGCAAAAAUCUAGACCACAACAUUAUGCUGAAGACGAUACAAAAUUUCUGCUAUAACAAGUCGAACGCGGGGCCAUUUACGAUGACGUCACCAUUUCUCGUCGACAACAUUUUGCAUCAACAAAAAACCGAAUUACAGAAUCAGUAUAUAAACCAACAAAUCGAGAAUUAUGUGCGACAGAACUAUGAGAGAUCACGGAAUAAUACUCCAGAGAUAGACGAUCCUAAAUUAGCUGAGUGCGAUGAAGAAAAUCGCCAAGAAGAAUCGAUUGAAGACUCCAAAAUCGAGGACGAGGAUUCGAAAAGUCGAGAUGAGGAUUACGUAAAAAACGAAGCGUACUUUAACAACGAAUUUUACACAAGAAAUGAAGAAUCUCGUUCCACAGAAAAAGAGGUUUUGAACGUUCCUAAUUUGAUCCGUCGCUGUCAAACGUGUGGGUCAUUUGAAUGCCCCCCAUUCUCGUGCAAAAAAUCCGGCAUCAGACGCCUUCAAGAGUUGGAGAAGCGAUUUAAUCUGAACUAUCAUGAAAAUUCGGGCGAUGAAGCCGAGAAACAUGAUAAGGGAUACACUGAUGAUCUGGUCCGAAAUUGUGAUGAGUAUACGGAGCAAAAGAAGCCGUUGUUGAAGUUCAGUGUUAGUGCCAUUUUGGGGGAAGAUAGUUUGAAAAGUAACAAUGUUAGCGAAUACCGCCAGCCGAUAAUGGGUAGUCCCUGGCCUAUUGCGAAGCCUAUCGCCAGCAGGCCGAUACCGGUACAGCAUCAGCAUCUACAACAUCUUCUGGCUCACUGUCAUCAUCCUUACUUAGUGAGACCAGCACAAGCACAUACUCAAGUAUUCCCACUACCCGGCGGUUUUCCAUGGGCACAUAGUUCAAGAGGCAAACCCCGUCGCGGCAUGAUGCGUCGUGCCGUCUUCUCAGACCUCCAACGCAAGGGUCUGGAGAAGAGGUUCCAGGUCCAGAAGUACAUCUCCAAGCCGGAUCGGAAGAAGCUCGCUGAGAAACUCGGAUUGAAGGAUAGUCAGGUAAAAAUAUGGUUCCAAAACCGACGCAUGAAAUGGCGCAACUCAAAAGAGCGGGAACUUCUCGCAUCAGGUGGGUCACGAGAACAAACCUUGCCAAACAAGAAUAAUCCACACCCAGACCUAUCAGAUGCUGAAGCUGACAAACCCAAGAUGUCUCCGUUAUCGCCUUCGACUGAGGAACAGGCUGAGGAUAUGAAGAAAGUGUAUGCGACCACAUCAAAUGAUUUUCGAGGUUAUGACGACAAGAUGGCGGGCGGUCAAAUGUUUUCCCGCGAAAUUUCGUAUCAAAAUAUGGAGGAAGAUGAAUUUGAAAGCGAUGCUAGUGCCAGCGAUGAAGAAAUUAAUGUAACAUGA